AUAGAAUUCAACCUAGGAGGGAACCAAGUAAUUCAUCUCCUAGCCUGCUAUUCCAUAUGCAUGGCUGUGAUUUCCUUCAUGGUUGAACAUCACUAGGGGUUUAAGAGAUGAUCGCGUUUAAGAGGAAUCAAGCCUGGAAUGUUGUUGUCAAUAAGGAUCUAGUUGUGUUGCUUAAGGCUGUUGAUGAUGGGCCGUAUUGUUUCUCUGCAGCUUCAGAGCAUAAAUUUAAUGCACAGGAAUCUGCUUGGGGUUUCUCUAGAUUCAUCCCUCUUAAGGAAUUGCACGAUUAUUGGAAGGGUUAUUUGACGGGAGACACAUGCAUAAUUGAGACUGAUGUUACAGUAUUUGGGGAUGUUGCUAGCUCAAGCAAAGAUACCAGUAUUGUGGCUAAAGAAGACCCAACUCAAGAAAAAAUGAAUGCAUUCUUCGUAAAUUUGGAGUCUGGGAUUUCUAGUAGUAAACAUACUUCAUCAAGAGAAGAAGUAGAAGAAGCUCUGUCAAUGAUAGAGAACGCCUAUCCAACUGACCUAAAUGAUCCAGGGAGAAUUUCUAACAUAAAAAAUGCAUUUGAUGUUUUAUCUUCCCUUGAUGAUUACUGUAUACUUACAGUUGAACAAAAAGCAGAAUUACUAACUAUGAAGGAAAAAUUUAAUGCCUUGCAUGAGAGAGCAGCAAGGGCAAAAAAGGACAAGAAUAUGUGUACACACAGGGAAUUUGUCAAGUUGACACUUGGUCGCAAACUGGAGAGGUGUCUAACUGAGUUUAACAAGGCUAAGGAAGAGACCGAACAGCAGGAACGGAGCAUUGUCACCCUUCAGUCGCAACUUAACGACCUUCUUGCCCAAAUUGGGGAGGCACAGAAGAAGAAAGACAAUUUCUCAUCCAAGCAGAAAGAAAUGUUUAAACUUUCCAAGGACCUGAAAGCUGAACUUGAUGCGUUAGAAGAACAGUGGCCAGAGUAUGAAGCAAGGAUGAAAGCUGCAGAAGCGGAGGAGGAGAAAGUUAGUACAGAAUGGCACAAAAUCAAACAAUUCGUUUCAUCUCUAAAGACAUCUUACUCAUAUGAUCUAAAGCCAUCCUAUAUGUAGGAAGUGCUAUUAUAUGAAUGUCUUUACUGAGUUACCAUGAGUCAUGUCAUAUUAGUGCGGUAAAACUUGCUUUAA